AUGAGGUCUUGUCUCAUUAAAUCAUGCCGAUUUAUUUGUUUAAUUUUGACUUUGCCUUUACAUCUAAUGGAGAUCACAGGCCUGUACGGCAUGUACAAACGCUUGUUUCCGUUGCUCGCCUACAAUAUAACAUUUUCAUACAACGACAAAAUGCACAAAACGAAAAGGGAUCUUUUUCGGAACUUGGGCACAUUUGCAAACACCGAUGGUACUCUUCGUUUGCUGGAGAUCGGUUGCGGCAGCGGGGCAAACUUCAGAUUUUACCCGUACGGCUGCACGGUGAUCUGCACCGACCCCAACCCGCACUUCGAGAAGUACCUGCGGAUGAGCAUGGAGGCGAACAAGCAUUUGACCUAUGAAACGUUUAUGGUCGUCUCUGGGGAGGACAUGGAGAAGGUGGAGGAAGGGUCGGUGGACGUGGUGGUCUGCACCCUGGUCCUCUGCUCGGUCAGAAACGUGCAGGAAGUGCUGCAGGAGGUGCGACGCAUCCUCAAACCUGGAGGAGCCUUCUACUUUCUGGAGCAUGUUGAGUCAGAUCCUUCCUCCAGGACAUUUUUCUUCCAGCAUGUGUUUGAGCCCCUGUGGUACUAUCUUGGAGAUGGAUGCAUGAUAACUAAAAAAACAUGGAGAGACAUAGAGGCAGCUGGUUUUUCUGAACUUCACUUAAAACACAUCGAGGCUCCAAAGGUUUCACGGAUGAUAAGACCACAUAUCAUGGGAUACUCCAUUAAAUGAUUGCAGGAAGGAAUGGAUUUAUGU